AUGUUGUUCACUAAAGAAGAAGGUGCUGACAUAAGCACUUACCUCAUUCUUACAUCAUCUCCCAUUAAGUUACUUUAUUUAGUGAACCAUUUCGAACUGGAGGAUGUGUUUGUCGCAGCAGCCAUAGUGAUCAUCUGGACAUUCAUAUUCUUCUUCCGGUUCUUCGAUGUUUUCUUCUUAUUUUGUAUUGACGGCGAUGUUGAAUCUUCUUCCUAUCUCGUCGAUGUUUAUCUCGUCAUCCGGAAGUUGUGCAUCUUGGAAGUAUUCUUGUGGUACGUGUUGAGACGUCGGUUCUUGUUUUACGGUUUCUGGAACUUUACGCAUCAUCGUUUUCUGUGUUGCUGUCACUGUCUGCUUACUUUCCAUGAAGUAUUGAAGGUCUUCGUCAAGGCUUAUCUGGUAGUCGAAUGGGUAAUAGGACCAGCUGUGGUUGAACGGGAUUGGGAAUGUUUGUCUGGCGUUAUUGAGGCGAAAUGCGAGGCUUGA